AUGGCCCCGCACGAGAUCCCCACGUGCUACGGUGCCUUUGAACCGACUGCAGUCUACGUGCCGCUGGAAGGGAUGUUGGCCAGCCCGGACGCCUUCCAUCUGGCGACGACCGAGAUUUUUGGCCCUUUCUACAUUUAUACGACCUGGAAAGAUGGGGAACUGCCCCUGGUCCUGGAGGCCUUGGAGCGGAUGGAGAACCAUUUGACCGCUGCCGUGGUCAGUAACGACGUCGUCUUCACCCGGGCCGUGGUGGGCUCCACAGUGAACGGCACCACCUACAUCGGUCGCCGUGCCCGAACGACGGGCGCACCGCAGAACCAUUGGUUCGGUCCCUGCGGGGACCCUCGAGGAGCGGGG